ACAAUCAAUCUGGGGAUUCAGUGAUCCACGAGCAAAAUACAGACCCGAAAUAGAUCCGGUUCAUUAUAUCCCACCUCCACCGGGCCCACAACCAUAAACGCACCGCAGAUAAAUCAUAAAAUCACAGUCUGUUCCAAUCUCGCCUCUUCUCAAUUUUCAUCGUUCCAGGGGGUUUAUCUAGGGUUUCUUAUCCGUUGUGUUUGCCUUCCUAUCGAUGGCGAAGCCAACGCGAGGCCGCCCCUCGCCGCCCUCCGGCUCGGGCUCGGGCUCGUCUUCCCGAUCACGGUCCAGGUCACGGUCACGCUCGUAUUCCGGUUCGGAUUCUCGGUCCAGCUCUCGCUCGCGGUCCUUGUCCUCCCGCUCACGUUCUCGAUCUCGCUCCAAAUCCCUCUCUUCAUCCUCCUCUCCUUCUCACAGCCUCAGCUCCGGUAGCCGUAGCCCGCCUCCUCAGAAGAAGAGUCCUACUGAAGUAGCUAAGCGAGGACGUUCUCCACCACCACAAUCUAAAAAGGCUUCUCCACCUGCAAGGAAGAUUUCUCCGAUUCGUGAGUCUCUCGUUCUCCAUGUUGACUCACUCAGCCGGAAUGUGAAUGAAGGCCAUUUGAAAGAAAUAUUUAGUAACUUUGGUGAAGUUGUACACGUGGAGCUGGCAAUGGACCGUACUGUUAAUCUUCCGAAAGGAUAUGGAUAUGUUGAGUUUAAGACACGUGCCGAUGCUCAAAAGGCCCUUUUAUACAUGGACGGGGCCCAGAUUGAUGGCAAUGUUGUUCGAGCAAGGUUCACAUUACCACCACGACAGAAGGUUUCACCUCCCGCAAAGCCCAUUGUGGCUCCUCCGAAGAGAGAUGCUUCCAAAACUGAUAAUGAUGUGGAGAAGGAUGGACCAAAAAGAAUAAGAGAAUCUUCUCCCCAUCGUAAGCCACUAGCCUCGCCUCGAAGAAGAUCCCCUCCUGUUCGAAGAGGUGGAUCUCCAAGACGGCUUCCAGAUUCUCCUCCGCGUCGACGUGCAGAUUCACCUCCGCGUAGACGAGUAGAAUCUCCUUAUCGUCGAGGGGAUACACCUCCAAGGCGGAGACCAGCAUCCCCAGUUAGAGGCCGUUCGCCAUCUCCACUAAGGCGUUAUAGAUCCCCUGCAAGGGGCUCUCCUAGAAGAAUACGUGGUAGUCCUGUCCGUAGACGUUCUCCCCCUCCUCCAAGGCGACGUACUCCUCCAAGACGAGCCCGUAGUCCUCCCAGAAGGUCUCCACUUCGUCGACGUAGCCGCUCUCCUAUUCGUCGGCCUGCACGCUCGCGUUCAAGGUCACUCUCACCGAGGAGAGGCCGAGCACCUGUAGCAAGACGUGGGAGGUCAUCAACCUAUUCUGGAUCACCUAGUCCACGCAAGGUCACUCGCAGGAGCCGCAGUCCUAGAAGGAGAGGAAGAAGCACCAGUAACAGCAGCAGCAGCAGUUCGCCACCUCGUAAGCCAUAGGUAAUAUUUUGCUGUAACCUUUUUCUCUCUGCCUCCUUCCCCUCACCCUCAACUUGAUAGUUGUGAAUCUUGUAACAGUUAAGACUUUUGUUAGAGUGAAAAUACUUUCCUUGCCUUUGAUGUAAUAGGGGUUUGAUACUGUUGUUCAGGAUUGUAUCUCUUUUGCUUCGUUCAGCUGUAUAACUUGCUGUUAUUUGUUGAAAACUAUUGAAACACAUUUUGUAUAUUUUUAUGUUCAAAUUUCCCUUUUCUUAA